CGAGAAUUAACAUGAAGAGCAAAAGUAUUCAAGCCUCACUGCCGAUUCCUCUGUGGCUCCGUAAUGUUUUCUGUCCCUAUCAAUGAUUAAGAGAGGUUAAUACUUAAUAGUACUAUUCCGAUGCUAAUAUACAAUUGUAUAUGCUCAUUUCUUGUUGAUUAUCUUUAUCGAAAUUUGAUAUCUGAAAUAAAAAUGUGUUAUAAGUUGUACGAAACAGAUUAAUAAUCGACGUAUUUACUCUCAAGUCUUUAAACAAGAUGUCCAUGUUGUAGAAGAAUGGUUGCUUUACUUUGGCACAUGACAACUUUUAAUGUUCUUGCUCCUUCAGGAAAACACAAUGAAAAAAAGCGCAUGAAAGAAACAAAAUUGCAUUGUAAACACACCCACAUCACAAGAAGAAACGCAACAUCACUAUUCCUAUUCCUUUCUUCUUCAAUUCCAUUACAAUCCCAACAAGCGUAUGCAGCUGAAUCUUCGAUUCUAGACAUGUUUAGAAUGACUGUUCCUGACCAGACAGUGGAGGAAGCAGAGAAUGGAAUCAGAGAACAUGCGAUGAGUUUGGUACAAGUGAAAGAUCUGUUGGAAUUGGAAUCGUGGAAAGAGGCGCAAAAGGAAUUGAGGAAGAGUGCUUCUUAUUUGAAACAAGACAUUUAUACGAUAAUUCAAGGGAAGCCUGGAAUGGAAAGACCUCAACUUCGGAAUCUUUAUUCCAAACUUUUUAAUGAUGUCACAGGGUUAGAUUAUGCAGCGAGGGAUAAGGAUGUGCCACGUGUCUGGAAAUUGUAUAAGGAUAUUGUUGUCACUCUUGAUGAUAUUUUAUCUAAAGUUUAAUUACUAUUAGAGCGUAUUAUUUUAAGGAUAUUUAUUAUUAUGUUAGAGUCGGAUUAUUCUAUUAGUUUUCCAUGUGGAAGACCAGAUAAGUUAAUGAUACCCCUAUAGACCGAAUAUGUGACAACUUGAAAUUUCCAUUCUGUACAAAAAUAUCACUUCAAUAGAAGUUAU